AUCACCUACCUAUAAAUACGGUGGGUGCGUUUUGCUGCUCAGCAGUACAACCUGUACCAUCGAACUGCAUCAUCUUCUCUGGUGGACAAAAAUGGAACGCCAAACCGUGAUUCUUCUCGUUGUGGCCCUGGUGGCCAUCAUCGAACCAGCAGCAGGCAAGGUCUACAAGGAGUGUCAACUGGCCACAAUCCUGCAGAACCAUGGCUUUACAAAGAGCCUUAUCCCCGACUGGGUGUGUCUUAUAAUGAGCGAAAGCUCAGGGAAUACGGCAGCCAAAGGCGGACCCAACAGCAACGGUAGUUACGACUAUGGUCUCUUUCAGGUAAACAGCAAAUACUGGUGUGGGCUCAACGGUCCGGCAGGAGACUGUAAUAUCGCCUGUAGCAAACUUCUGGACGACGAUGUCACUGACGACAUUGCAUGUGCCAAAAAAAUUUACCAGGUCCACGGCUUUUCGGCAUGGUACGGUUGGAAGAACAAGUGCAGUGGCAAGACCCUGGCUGCCAUCACCCCCUGCAGUGUUUAGAUUAGACAUCUGCAGGAUGUUAAAGGAGUGACUAAGUUCACUGUUAUAUAUCAGACUGAAAUAAUUAAAACUGAUUUGAACUUCUA